UACGAGUAGAAGCGAAAACAUCAAACACAAUAUGGCUAUCAUAAUCCAUUUGAAAAAAUUGACCCCAAUGUUAAUGCGACACCAGGUCACAAUUGUAUUAGCACUCUAACAAAAAGAGCUCUCCUACACAGCAUAAAAGAAGCAGCAUGACGGAACACAAAGGGCUUUGCGUUGUGCCAUGUGCGUCUUACCCUCCUAGCAAAGAGAACCUUCUCCAUCACCCUAGCCGGCCGUUCCACUAGAAAGGUCACAAAAUGAUCGUAUUCACCAAUGUUCUCGCAAACCAUGGAACAAUGUUUCUAGGCAUUAUAUGUGGAGGAUUCUUGAUUUUUGGUGGAUUCUAUAUGUUUUCCGAUACAAAACAAAUACUACUUUCAAGACUGUUAGUUUCAACAAAUGAACAACUUAACAGUUUAUCUCAACCACUAUUUUAUUACGUAGCUUUUGGAAUAGCAGUUGCCGGAACAAUAGCGAUUCUUGCCUCGAUAAUGGGAUUUUGGGCGUCAAUACUCAACACUUACUGUUUCUUGACUUUGUACUUCUUGGCAGUAGCUAUUCUACUUUUAGCGGAAUCUGUAGUGUGUCUGACUUUAACUCUUUGGCCAAAGUGCUUGGGCAUCAGUUUGGAGGAAUCACAAAUAGUUAAGGCAUUACAACAAAACUACGGUGUCCCUGGUAAGGAACAGUUUACUAUUGCAAUGGAUCUUGCUCAGACGAAAUUCAGGUGCUGUGGCAUGGACAGUGAAAACAAUUACGACACAUCUACUUGGCGCCUGCAGGGCCAUGGAAUUCAUAACUCGAUUGUGCCACUUACGUGCUGUUUUCUUAGUAACAACCAUGACCCAUUGUCAUACCUCGACCCAAAACCAAUUAAUGAAAGCCAAUGUCAAGCUUUGCCAGUGGUUGAAUAUUCAAAAUAUCGCCACACUAAGUCAUGUUUUGAGUAUGUGGAUACUUGGUACAGAGAACAGUUUGUUAUGUUCCUUUGUGCAAUCCUUUUAAUUAUUAUAAUUGAAUUUUUUGUUAUGUUAAGUAUAAUUUUAAACUGUACAAAAAUGUCUAAGAGACCUUGUAGUGAAGAAGAUUUAAAUGAAAUGAGCACAAGGAUCACAAAACCUAAUCAACCUCAAGUGGAAAAUGUUUACGCACCGGAUAUUGAGAAUAAAAGAAUAUCGCCAAGAGGUCGUGCUCGUAAAGAAGAAACUACAACAUCAACCGAUUUUAAGGAGGUUUACAUCCAGCCUCAAGAUUUAUUAAAGUGUCGACAUAGCACAAAUUUUAAGCCUGCUAGGAGUCAAUAUCACAUCUCGACAAGAAGCUACUUUGUUUAGAGCAUAAAACAGGACUAGCGAAAAUGGAGGAGUGCACUUUUAUAGAUUUCUAAAAUGUUAUAAGAAGCUUUUUUUAAUGGAUCAAAAGAAUAAAUUAAUGAAAACACUGUA